GCCGCGCAGGCGCAGGUUGCCAACAUGGAGGCGUUGGUGUCGGCGCUACACGCUGUGCAGGCGGUGAAGUUCGGCAGCUUCGUGCUCAAGAGCGGCAUUUCGUCGCCCGUCUACUUCGACCUAAGGGUCAUUGUGUCCCACCCGGCUCUCAUGAACCAGGUUUCCGAUCUCUUGUGGAAGACUGCAAACAAUGCUGGAGUGAAAUGCAGUUCUGUUUGUGGGGUUCCAUAUACUGCCUUACCUCUUGCGACCAUUAUCUGUUCUUCUAAUGGAAUCCCCAUGCUUAUUCGUCGAAAGGAGGCAAAGGAUCAUGGUACAAAACGGAUGGUGGAAGGCACUAUUAUCCCAGGAGAAGCUUGCCUUAUUAUUGAAGAUGUUGUCACAAGUGGUUCCAGUGUCUUAGAGACUGCGCAAGUUCUUCGUAAGGAGGGAUUAAAUGUCACUGAUGCUGUGGUGUUGUUGGACCGAGAACAAGGAGGAAGAGCCAGAUUAGAAGAGGAUGGGAUAUGUUUACACUCUGUUUGUUCCUUAUCCAGACUGUUAGAAAUUUUACAUGACCAAGGCAAACUUGAUUUUGACAUGGUAGAAAGUGUCAAGACAUUCAUAAGAACAAACGCUAGUGUACCAGUCAAUGAAAUGAUAGAUGGCUCGGCAGAACAACUCCACAACCAGAGUAAUGUAAUAACGCACUUUAAAGAAAUGAGUUAUUGUGCUCGUGCUCAGCUUCCUGCGACUCAUCCUAUCGCAGCAGAGCUUUUUAAAAUAAUGGAAAAGAAGCAAACAAAUUUGUGUCUGGCUGCUGAUGUCACAAACUCCAAAGAGUUGCUUCAGCUGGCUUAUUCGCUUGGUAGUGAGAUCUGCAUUUUGAAAACACAUGUUGAUAUACUGGAUGAUUUUAAUUCAGAUGUGUUCACAGAAUUAAGAGCAAUUGCCAACAAGCAUGAAUUUUUGAUAUUUGAAGACCGAAAAUUUGCAGAUAUUGGAAACACUGUUAAACACCAGUAUGGAGGUGGAGUAUACAAAAUUGCUCAAUGGUCUGACCUUGUGAAUGCUCAUGUGGUUCCUGGCCCAGGAGUCGUAAAAGGACUAAAAGAAGUUGGGAUGCCUCUGAAACGAGGUUGUUUGCUGAUUGCAGAAAUGAGCUCUGAAGGUUCCCUAGCUACAGGGGACUACACCAAAGCAGCUGUAAAACUGGCCGAACAACAUACUGAUUUUGUAAUUGGGUUUAUAUCUAGCUCAAACAUCAGUGGCAGAUCAGAGUUUGUUCAUAUGACCCCAGGAGUUCAGAUGCAGAUUGGUGCGGAUAACCUGGGCCAACAGUAUCUGAGUCCUGAAGAAGUGAUUAACAAAAGGGCAUCCGAUAUUAUCAUUGUGGGCCGAGGGAUCCUGUCUGCAAAGGAUUGUAAGGUAGCUGCAAGAAUAUUUAAAAAAGCUGGAUGGGAAGCCUACCAGAAGAGGUUAACGUCUGCUAAGAAUUGAAAGAUAGAUCCAAAAAUACAAAGGUUGCUAAAUUCUUUGAAAAUCUCUUUUAUCUCUGCAUUGCAAUACAAUUAUAGGCUGUACUUACAAAUAAAACUGAGUGAUAUUAA